CACCAGUUGAUUUCACGGAAAACUCCGCUGCCCGCCCCCUGGCUGGGCCUUUGUAUUGCUAUUAUUUGACCGCACUCUCCGUACAAUGAAUCCUAUGUCACCCUUCCAUGUAAUGAUAUCCCGUGUAAAUCUGAUAAGGAAAGGUUGGGUCUGGUUAUGUUAAGCGGCACGGUAACAACCGAGGCCAUGCAACUAUACAUUUCAAUUGAUGUUGCGUCUUAAUUUGGUUUAUCUCUCUCUUGGACUGCGUAAGCUGUGCCGGUGUCUGGUAUUUGAAGUUCAAGGUGCCUUGUGCAACAGCUUGUCAUCCUUCUGCCACCAUGACUUCCUCAACGCUCGACCUCAGCCAACCAUUAUCUGAUAUUCUCCGACAGUCGACGAAAGAAGCGCACGAUGGUAUUGCGUUUUCACCAGAGGCUGCAAAGCUGUCCAAUGGCGAAUUAUCAAAGACAGAAUAUGUACGCUUUCUGAUGAUGCUUUGGCAUAUUUAUGCCGCAUUGGAGGAAGGUUUAGAACGGCACGCCACACAUCCCGUCCUCGAGCCGACAUACAACCCCCCACUUCUCAGACGUGCGCCAUCACUUUCCUCCGAUAUAGCGCAGCUCUUGCAAGUCUCAGAGUCGACAUGGAAAUCUCAUCCUAUUCAUCAGUCAUUGAUCACUUCCCCGCCGAAGGCCAUGUCUACAUAUGUCAACAGGAUUCAUGAUAUUUCUAACUCUGGAGAUCCUACACCGCUCGUUGCUCAUGCGUACGUCCGAUAUUUAGGCGAUUUAUCGGGAGGACAGACUAUUCGCCACUCUUUGGCUAAGGCUUAUGAUUUGGAUGAGGCAUCUGGGGAAGGGUUAUCUUUCUAUGCAUUCAAGGAACUCUCAUCUUCCAAGCCUGCUUCACUGGGAGAAAUGAAGCGCAUCAAAGAUUGGUUCAGGAAUGGUAUGAACGAAGGUGCAGGUGAUAAUACGUCAGUCAAAGCUGUGAUUGCACAAGAAGCCAAAGAUGUGUUUCGUUAUAAUGGAGACCUGUUCAACGCUAUUCUAGAGGACCCAGAACAAGUCCGAAAGGACUCGCCUGUGACCCCCAAGGCUCAAUAUAGCAGUGGGAUCGCAGUAUCUUCGGUCCUAGCAGUGAUCACCGCAGUGUCUGUAGCGCAUUUUUUCCUCGUUGCUGGUGGAUUCUCUGGACCUAGAGGCUUCGCAAAGCUAGCCGCUGCUGAACAAUGGUUUACUUCGUUCUGGGGUUCUACUGUCCAAUGAUCAGACUACUAUCUCAUGCCCAUUACUAUUCUGCUUCAUUGAUAAUGCUUGACGCUCAUGCUACAUAAAAGAUCUUCUUGUAUACUCUAGCUACGGAAAUACUAUUUCAUCUGACGCGUAAGCGAGAUUGACUCGUGGGCGCUUAUCCGUCGU